GAUGUCGGCUCGGUCAUGUGAUCAGCUGUGCCCAAUCACAGUUGAUCACAUGGGACAUGUACAUUGAUCAUCAGGGCACUGAUGAUCAGUGUGCCCUGAUGAUCAGUGUGGCCCCAGAAGUGCUACAUGUCAGUGUCCAUCAGUGCCAGCAGUCAGUGCUCAUCAGUGCCACGUGCCAGUGCCCAUCAGUGCCACAUCAAUGCCACAUAUCAGUGCAUACCAGUGCACAUCAAUGCCACAUAUCAGUGCCCAUCUGAGCUGCCUUUCAAUGUCACCCAUCAGUGCCAGUCAGUGCCACCUAUCAAUGCCAAUCAGUGCCACCUAUCAGUGUUGCCAAUCAGUGCCACCUAUCAGUGCCAGUCAGUGCUGGCUAUCAGUGUCAGUCAUUGCCGCUUAACAGUGCCAGUCAGUGCCGCCUAACAGUGCCAGUCAGUGCCGCCUAACAGUGCCAUGUAUCAGUGCCAUGUAUCAGUGCUGCCUUUCAGUGCCCAUCAGUGAUGCCUGUCAAUGCCCAUCAGUGCAACAUACCAAUGCCUCCUCAUCAGUGCCCAUCACUGCUACCUAUCAGUGCCCAUCACUGCAGCCUUAUUAGCACACAACAGUGAAGGAGAAAAAUCUGUUAUUUACAAAAUU